AUGUAUCCAUCGAAUUCAUUUGAACGUCGUGCAAAGCCAACACCACAGCUACUCAGAAUACAAGCGGAGUACACGGCGGAGUUUAAUAAAUUAACUAACAGUCAAGAAUUAAAAGAUACAAUAAUAGAACCAGCUAUUAAGUUUUGGCAGUCAGCGUUAACUGUGAGGCGGCCUAUGUCUAAAAAUUUCUACAUUCAAAGGCAAGUUAAUCAACUAUUUUGUACGGAUGACUCAUAUUAUACAUACUCAGAAAAUGAUACAAUUUUUUGCCAAGAGCAUCCAUGUCAGACAACUAUUAAGUGUGGUCAUGUUGAUAUACCCGAUAAGUACACCAGUGAAUGUUAUGAAUUGCACAAUGGCAAAUUAGAUCAGGUCUUUCCUAAAGGUUCUGGGAUAAGCCCAAACGAUUUUAUUCUAAUUAUUGACAGCAGCAAUUCAGGAGCAUGUGAUGAAACUACUCUUGCUCAUGCAGCAUCAUGUUACCUAGACCCUGAGAACGACAGACCAGUUUUGGGCUAUAUGAACUACUGUCCAGGUAAAACAUCACUGGAAUAUCCAGAGAACAGAAGACUAUGGGGAACUACUAAGCAUGAAAUGACUCAUGCUCUUGGUUUUACAAGUCUAAACUACGCGUUUAUGCGUAAGAAAAACGGUGAUCCACGUACACCACGGAAUCCUCUAACAAGGAAGCCAUACACGAAAGUUGGGUAUAUAUAUCAACCAAGUACAGGAACUGUUAAUGUUUUCAAAAGAAACUGGAAAAGUUCGGCAGGCAACUUUACAAAAACAGCCACUGUGAUAGUUACUCCUAAAGUGAAGCUACUAUCUCAACAACAUUUCGGAUGCAAGGAACUAGAAGGCGGUGAAUUGGAAGAUGAGGGUUUCACUGAAAGAAUGGGUUCACACUGGGAAAGCAGACUAUUUUCGGGUGAGACAAUGGUGAGCAGUAGUGACCUUAAUUCCUUAACUUCACCGAUUACGCUUGCAUAUUUUGAAGAUUCUGGAUGGUAUAAUGUUAAUUAUGAAGUCGCGGAGAAGUGGAACUUUGGAAAAGGUCUUGGUUGUGACUUUGUGCGGAAAAGUUGUUAUGAAUACGCUGAUAUACAGAAAAGCAUGCAAAAAGAUAUUUCACCAUACUGUAAUGAUCCUGGAAACGUUAUUUGUACAGAUCUAUAUUCGUACGGCAGUUGUUCAAUAGGUAUAUAUCCAGAGCAACUGCCACGCAUGUAUCAAUUUUUCGGUAACGACUCAUUUGCAGCUGAAAACGCAAGUUACUAUGGAGGAACAGAUCCAUACAAAAAUAAAUGUCCUACAUAUCAGUACUCAUCCGGCAUUGGAAAAUAUAAAGUGAAUUCUUACUGCAAUCACCAAGAAAACAAUGAGAAUGCAAAAAACUUCGAAAACACUUUCAUACAAUCAUAUGGAGAAAAUGGUAUUUGUAUUAGUCACGGAAAUGUUUGGACAUAUGAAAAUAAAACCCACAUAACGAGGAUUGGUACAAACAUAAAAGGCACAUGUCAUACAUAUGAAUGUAAAAGCAAUACUCUGUACGUUAAUUUCGACGGUCACAAAGUAAAAUGUCCUACAGAUGGAGAAGUGGUUAAAUCUAAUUUCAGUAUUAGCGAUAAAUUGUAUAAAAUAUCAAUUAUUUGUCCAAAUCCUCAAACUCUGUGUAAAACAAACGAGGAAAGCUCCUGAAGAAAUAAUGAAACAUACACCAAAUGAAUUUUUGAGUGACCUACACAACGUAACAAAUAACUGGAGAUGAAACAAACAGUCUAUGUUCAACAAGCACGUUUUAUGCACGUUGAAAUUUUGU